GCAGCCCAGCCCGCCAUGGCCCGCUCCGCGCUGCUGCCCGCGCUGCUGCUGGCGGCUCUGGGGGCCGCGGUGCGGGGCGCCCCGCCCGCCUGCGACGUCCCGCCGGGGCUCUGGUGCAGCUCCCGCCGCGUCGCGGCCGCCUGCCAGGUGGAGCAGCAGUGCCUCGGCCUGCGCCGCCCCGGCCAGCCGGCCGCGCGCCCCGUGGAGCUGAGCCUGUACUACGAGAGCCUGUGCCCCGCCUGCCGCCAGUUCCUGGCCGCCCAGCUCUUCCCCACCUGGGUGAUGCUCUACGACAUCCUGAACAUCACGCUGGUGCCCUACGGCAACGCCCAGGAGAAGAACGUCAGCGGCAAGUGGCAGUUCAAGUGCCAGCACGGCUCGGACGAGUGCCUGGGCAACAUGAUGGAGACCUGCCUCAUGGACAUGCUGCAGGACUUUGACCUCUACUUCCUCGUCAUCUUCUGCAUGGAGUCGGGCUCCUCCGUGACUGGCAACAUCGGCGCUUGCCUGCAGGUCUACGCACCCGACAUCAAGCUGUCCGACAUCAUGGCCUGCGUGAAGGGAGACCGGGGCAUCAAGCUGAUGCACGAGAAUGCCCAGCGGACGGAUGCCCUCCACCCGCCCCACAACUACGUGCCCUGGAUCCUGGUCAAUGGGAAGCACACGGACGACCUGCAGGCCCAGGCCCAGAACGCGCUCUUCAACCUGGUCUGUGGUCUGUACACGGGACCGAAGCCGGAUGCCUGCCGCAGCUCUGGGCCUAGUCCAGCUGCGCUGAAGACGAUGUCGCGCUGCCUGAAGUGAUGCCAGCGGUGGGCGCUCCCUGCCCCCCACCAGCGCUGCGCACCGUGGGCAUGGCCCCAGGCUGCAGCCCGCGGGCACCGGCUGGCACCAGGCCGGGUUUGGGCCGAGGCCCCUGCCCAGCGCAGGGGCGGGAGUGAGACUGGUGCAGAGGGGCACGCUGCUGCGCGUGCUACAGAGCAAACGCUUGUGCAGGAGAGAGCCGGCCUCAUGGUGCUGCGCCUCUGCCAUGUCCCCCCUGCCCCCCGCUUGCAGUGCUGCAGGGCGAGCCCCAAGACGGGUGGGGGCAGGACCGGAGCUGCGUGCAGGGCCUGUGCCUCCUGCUCCUCUGCACGUACUCCCCCGGAUGCUACCUCCGUGCCCCGCACCCCUGCCUGCUGAGCCGUGCUUCCCGCCUGCCGUGGGCAGCCUGCCAUGCGUGUCCCUGGGCCCCAGCCCCCCGGCCAGGCCGCCCCCUGCUACGCGUGCAAAGCUGCUCCAGCGCCCCCGCAAACCGGUCGUGCGGCUCCGUGCUGCGAUCGAGGGCGGAGGUGGGUGCCGUGUACCCGGCGCGCCCCAGAACCGGUCCGUCCGCGGCUGCCGCCGUCCCUCAAUAAAGCUGAGCCCUGCGCUGC